UGCGGAUGCGGGCGAGAGGCGCUCACAGAGUCUUUAUGUUCGAUCGCCAUGGAGACUGGAGAGAGAGAGGGCCAGCCGGCCGCAUCUCGGCUGCGCGCCCUGGAGGCUGACGAAAUGCAGAGGAUUCGCCAAAUCUUUGAGCGACAUCAUGUGCCAGCAUCCAUGACAGGCAAAGAGCUUGUUGAUGAUGUGUUGAUUCCAAUUGGCCUUUCAAAGGACGAUGCACGCGCCAUUCUGUGUGCCGUGAACAGCUUCGACGGCGUGGAUGUUUCCUACCAGGACCUCUUGGACUUUAUUCUGCCCCAGGCGGCAACAGCCUCAUCCGAAGCGGAACUGCUGCAUGGACCACUUGUGGAGGAGACCUAUGAUUUGGAAGACCCAAAGUCUCUCGCGAAGUACCUCAUCGAUGCCGAUGUCCGCCUGGUGAGGGCUCCGUACUUCUACAAAUUGCUCCGGGCAAGCAGGUGCAUGCCCCGGCGGCAAGAGGCGGAGCAUGAUUGGUGCGAAGUCGAUGGGCAGGAGAUCUCGGCAUUGGUCUCACACAAAGAAGUGGCCGAAUGGGCGCUAGGCCGUAGGAAGGCAUUGAUUUGUUCAGUGUCUCACGCGUGGGAAACGCGGGAACACCCGGAUCCCUGCAACUUUCAAUUACAGAAUCUUGUGAACUGUGUAUGGGAUGCUGCGUAUGUAGACGACAUUUGGGUUUUUUAUGAUUAUUUGUCCUUGUUUCAGUUCCAUCGCGACACAGCUGAGCAAGAGGCGAGUUUCCGGCGAGCAAUGUCGAACAUGCACGUCAUGUAUGCUCACCAGAGCACCCUGACCUUCCGCCUGGAAUGUCUCACACCUGUCGAAACAUGGACUGCAAGGAAAGAGGAUUCAAUGUACAAAGUGCCGAUUUAUCAUUUGCCAAGCAAUUCGGUUGCGUGGAUUCCACUCAGUGAGCUGAUGGAAAACUUUGUUUUUUACCUGGAGCGUGGCUGGUGCCGCGCCGAGAUCGAAUGGUCUGCAGCACGGGGCAUUCCAGCCCAAAAUAUUGCCAUCGACUGUGAGGCCGACAGAUAUGGAAAUGUUGCAAAUACAAAGAAGGUGCCCACAGCGCCCGAAGUGUUUGAACAGCGCAUGGCCACGUCGGCCUUUACGCAUCGCAACGAUGCGGCAACUGUGGUUGAUCUUCAGCGGAAGAUCUUCCACCAAAAAGUUACCAUGAGGAGACACUUGGAGUUUCGCAACUUGACUGUAUCCGAUAUGGGGGAGCUGGCGGCUUCGCUGCCCCACCUUAAGAACCUCCGAGUCUUGCACAUCGACGACUUCUAUGUUGGUGACGCGGAGGCCAAGGCCUUUUGCCAGGCGCUCAGCUCCUUGGCGCUGCAGAAGCUGAGCCUGCGCUUUGCAUAUUUCCUCUCCGCCCCGGCGAUGGUGAAGGCGCUGAGUGAGGUUGACGUGGCGGCCUUCGCCUCGAUGACCGAGCUCGACUUCUUCUUCUGGAUGCUUGAGGCUGAGGUAGGCGAUCGGCUCGCUCAGGUGAUUGCCAAGAUUUUGAAGACCAACAGGAGCAUCACCAGGAUCGACUUGGCAGGCAAUCAUAUCUCUGAAGUGGGUUUGCAGGCGAUCGCUGACGCCUUGUUGAUCAAUCACGUAGUGACCCACAUCGGUCUUCAAGUGGAUGAGGGUUUCGCUCUGGAACGGAUCGAGGAACGGCUGAAGGCGAACCGAGCAGCUGCAGAGGCAGCGGCUCCUGAGAUGCUUGAAGAAAAGGGGGAGGAGCAGGGAGACCGUGCAGACCCUUUUGCUGGACACUUGCGCAUCCAGGCAUUGGCCCAGAUUCUGAAGCGCGGUGGUGCUACGACCAGGAUGGAUCUUUCGGGCGGAAGACUUGGGGACACGAACGUCCAGGUGUUGGCGGAAGCGCUACGGCUGAACCGGAGCGUCUCCCACAUCUACCUUCAAAACAACACGAUCACCGACCUGGGCGCGAAGGCGAUUGCGCAGAUGUUGAUGCAGAACACGAGCAUUAGAAGCAUCGUUCUUCGGGGCAAUGAAAUUGGAGAUUCGGGUGUGGAGGCCCUAGCAAAGGCGCUGCAGCAGAACCGCAGCAUUCAAGUCAUUGUGCUUCAGAACAACCACAUCGGCGAUGUCGGCGUGGAGGCUUUGGCUGAAGCCGUGAGGGAGAACGACUUCAUCCUUGACAUCCACCUUGAUGGAAAUCCCUUCGGAGACGCUGGGUGUCAGGCACGGGAGCAAAUCCGAGAGCGUUGCCGGGCAAAUCAGGAGG